AUGCCUUCCCGCAGACCCUCUUCGGCGGCAACCUCAUCAAGGGCCUCAGAGUUCAAGCUUAUCAGUAAUAUAGCUUUUUUGUAUUGUUUGAUACCAGGAAACACACGAUUUUGGCCUUGACCUUUUUUUUUCCUCUCCACCACUGCCAUGGACAUCCAGCAGCCUCACUCGCAGCCGCCUCUUGGCCGCUACGAGCCUAAUCACGCAUCGGAACACUCACACAACGGCGACCAUACCCUCAACUCCUCGACUCUCCCAUAUCGGCCCCGUCCCGAUGCUCCAGAGACCACUUAUCCCAAUCAACAGCCAUACCCCGGCAGUGAGCCCUCCAAACCCACCUCAUACAUGGGGCCGCCACCACAUCCCUCUGCCCCUGCUCAAGGCCCCCUGAACACGUCCUCGUCGACGUCAUACAACUUGAACGACACUACCAGUUCUGCUCAGCACUUAGCCCAUGUAUCCCCGCAACCCAUUCCAGGCCCCGGUCUGGAUUCCAAGUCUGAACCCCCCAGUGUCCCAGGCCCCCACGCUGCUGCGUCAACCACCUCCUACCCGCCUCCCAACCACUACGGCCACGCAACCGCAACCCCCCCGGCAGCGCCAGCAGACGCUGUUCCCAAUGCGAUCAACGGCGGCACCAACGCCGCCACCGACAUCCGCGCCGGCCGCGCGUCCGCCGAGUCCGCCCUGCGCGAGCUGCUCGCCGCCCGGCGGCAGCGGAUCAUGGUUCACCGCGUCGACGGCGCGGGCGCCAACGGCCACGUCGCCGGCGGGAAGUCGGAUCUCGCGGCCGAGGUGGAGUGGAAGGUGCGGUCGCAGACGGGGCUGGUGCUGCUUGGGUUGAGGGGCUUGCAGGAGCGGGUCGGGACGGUCCUGGCCAGGGCGGAAGGGGAGCGGUGGAGGAGGUGGGGGGUUGGAGGAGUUAUAGCCUCUGUCAUCCCCCUCGUUAAACGCCUGUUCCGUCGCCGCCGGGGUGAAGACGACGACUCGUCCAACACGACCGAGUACGCUUUCAAAAAGAGCAGGAACCUUGUAUCGCGCAUCCUGGCGACCACGAAUCGACCGGGGCUGGGAACCGUAGCCUUCUUUGUUUUCGCCGUACUGUAUAUCUUUCAAAACGAGGUCACGCUGCGCGUGGCGCGGACCGUAUCGAAGCGGUUGAAGCGGCUCGCGGCCAAGGUUGAAGAUGGCCGCGAGGAGCUUACUGAGCACGACGUCAAGGUGUUGCAGGGGUGGAGAUGGCGAGUGCUGGCUUGGAGUGAGUGACAGCACUUGCGUUCAACACCAUUCAAUGAUACGACGUAAUGAGUGACAAGAGCGGGAUGGCCUGGCGUUAAGGAUGGAUGGAGUGUUACCAUGUGUGAUUGGCAUUUUGGAUGAUGCAGUUUGAUGAAGAUCGAUGAGUGACGACAGAUGUGACUUAUUACACUGAAGCCAUGGUUCUAGUUCGAAACAAUUCUUAGGCUGCCUUAGGGAGGUAGGCCGCACUUCUCUGGGAUGAAUGCCACUUCUAGUUCCUAAUUAUUGUUAGCCAUAUUUGUUUUCAUAUACAUAGGAAACACAUGAAUUACCGUAGACUACUCUUUAGAAUGUCAAACAUCUCCG